AUGCACGACGCUGCUCCUGACCUGGGAGCCCAGCUCCCUCUGUGCAACACACUUUGGCAAUCCGGUCUGGACACCUCUGAGAGCUUGGCGGGGGAAGGCGGGGCGUCGGGCCUGGGCGCCGCGAGCAAGAAGUCCCCGCGGCUGCCCAAGUGCGCGCGCUGCAGAAACCACGGCUACGCGUCGCCGCUCAAGGGCCACAAGCGCUUCUGCAUGUGGCGGGACUGCCAGUGCAAGAAGUGCAACUUGAUCGCCGAGAGACAACGCGUGAUGGCUGCUCAGGUGGCCCUGAGAAGGCAGCAGGCCCAGGAGGAGGAGCUGGGCAUCAGCCACCCCAUCCCGCUGCCCACCCCAGCCGAGCUGCUUGUCAAGAGAGAGAACAACGGCAGCAACCCAUGCCUCAUGACCGAGAGCAGCAGUCCCUCUCAGCCACCACCUGCCAUUACCGCCACCACUGCGGCUUCAGAGGGACGUAUGGUCAUCCAGGAUAUUCCUGCUGUCACCAGCAGAGGGCACGUGGAGAACACACCUGACUUGGUUCCCGACUCCACCUACUACAGCAGCUUCUACCAGCCGUCUCUGUUUCCUUAUUACAACAAUCUGUACAACUACCCGCAGUAUUCCAUGGCCUUGGCUGCUGAUUCUGCUUCUGGGGAUGUGGGAAGUUCCCUCGGGGGCUCCCCCAUGAAGAACAGCCUUAGGAGUCUGCCAGCACCUUACGUACCCGGUCAGGCAGGAAACCAGUGGCAGAUGAAGAACUCGGAGAACCGCCAUGCAGUGAGUUCCCAGUACAGGAUGCAUUCCUACUACCCACCUCCCUCUUACCUGGGCCAGAGCGUGCCUCAGAUCUUCACUUUUGAGGAUGGUCCCUCUUACUCGGAAGCCAAAGCCAGUGUAUUCUCACCGCCCAGCAGUCAAGAUUCUGGCUUGGUUUCCCUCUCCAGCAGCUCUCCCAUUAGUAAUGAGAACACAAAAGGAGUGCUCGAAUGUGAGUCUGCGCCUGAGCCCAGCAGCUUCACGGUCACGCCCGUCAUUGAGGAGGACGAGUGAGCGUGAGCGAAACCCGCUGCCUAUGGUGUUUCACUUGGAAUAGCAGGCUUAUUCCGUUUUCCAGGGGGUUUGUUAAUAUUUCGCAUUGACUCACGCCGUCUUAACUGUUGAGAACGUGUUUGGUUUAUAUUCCUUAGAGUUUAGUACAGAAGCUAAAACACACAUUUGUAAUAGUUUAGUGUCCGUGACUACCAUCUGCAAGAAUUAAGUGCUGUGCUCACUGAGUUUAAAUAAUAGUGUUCCUCAUGUUUUUUUAUGACACUGGUUUCAUGUAGUUUUCAAGGAAUACAAUAAUUCACUCA